AUGUCAAGCACACGGAAAAUUAUUGGACGAUGCAUGUCUCUUUUGUGUACUGUGUCUCCUGAUUCCGGAAAACAAAAAACUUUAGUUAUUUAUGGAAAUCGGAGACCUCUCUCAAAAGAAUCUGAUUGGCCAGUCUAUUGGACAGACCAAUCAGAUUUCAUUGAGGAAG